GAGGAUUCUAGAAUUUGGAAGAAGAUAGGAGACUGAGAGAGUGCCCGAUCACUCUGGAACUCCAGACGGACGAUAUUUAUUUAUAAACCGAUUCGACUUUCUUAACAUGCCACUAACUGGGUUAACAGAAAGGAGUAUAUAAUGGAUCAACGCGAUGGUUUAAGUCAGAAACCAUCGAAAAUUCGCCCGAUUACCAUCGACGAUCCGCUUCCAGCAAAUUGGGAAAUGUUGACUGAUCCGGGAACAGGUUGGCCGUUCUUCGUCAACCAUGCAGCUCGUGCUACUACUUGGGAGGAUCCAAGAGAUGAAAAGGGUGUGAAUACAAGUUCAACUACAAGUUAUGAUAAUGGAAAUCAUUCUCAAGCUGGAUCUGAUGUGCAGCCUUUGAAUGACAGUUCCUUCGGCAAUAUGUAUGUCCAGUCAGUCCCCCACCGUGGCCAUCCAACUCCUACGAGCCAACAGCAGUACUACUGGCAGAAUAGACCCGUUCAUGUAGAGCAUGGAGGAAGUGCAAGCCCCAAGAACCACCAUCGGGAGUUCCCUAUCGUAGACGGCAAGUUUGUCAACCAGAGCAUGGUUAGUCCACAGAGCAGCAGAAGAAUGGGUUCCAUGAUCCAGAGGCCAGUCACUAUGCACAGUCCACGCCAGAGCCGAAGAGGAGGAGCCCCCCUGCAGCCGUCGGGGAGUGUCCUGCAACGGGGUGGAGCUGUCAGGUCCAAUGCAAGACCGAUGUCACCCCAGCAGCCACACCACCAACACCCAAGCAACGGAAGACCCAAUGGAAGUCAAGCAUAUACUGUUCCAAUCCAUGUGCAGCAGCAACAGCGUGAUGGAUCCUCUUCCGGAAGCAGCAGUCCAGAGCCAAGGAGCGGGAUGACCAGUUCCAUGAGGAAUUUUAAUGGUCACCAGACCCCGAUCUCUAUACCCAUUCAGGUGCUACGUGGUGGGGGCAACCAACAGAAUAGUGAUUUUCCUCAUGUGCCACCUCCUGUUCCUCCUUACCCUCAUGAGAGUCUGAUUGGUCAAAGGGCAUCUCAGGCUAAUCAUCAUGCCCAUUCACAAGCUGGUACCAAACCGCAAGGGACCCCGACCGUUGCAUCGCCUCAGCUACCGAAUGUCAGUGUCUCUGGAGAUCUUCCACAGUUCACCGAAGAAGGGUCAUCAUCAACGUCAUCCAGUCAAGAGCGUCACUCCCAGACCCCAUCAAGGGGAGGGGGGCAGACGAGAACAGCGUUCCGUGGUGCCCCUCGUAAAGCACAUUCGCCGCCCAGGACUGCACCGGCAGCACAGCACAAGACGACAAAGACGGCAACGUCAAAGACCAUUGAUAUCGACCCAAAGCCUGCUACAUCCAGUGAAAAAGAAGAGGCUUCGCUGCAGCAUCCAAAGGAACUAAGGGAAAUAUUUGACAUCAUGACCAUCAUUGCUCAGCUGGGAAAUGAAGUGGAUACCUUUCAAGGAUCAAAGACUGACCAAUCGUAUCUGAAACUUGAAGAACUCCUCACUCGCCAAGUACUCCGUCUUGACAAUAUUGAUGCACAUGGAGAUAGCACUGUACGGAAUGAACGCAAGAAGGCAGUGCAUAAAGCCCAGGGAUAUCUGGACUCCUUAGAAAAGAAAUGCAGUGGCAAUAGCUAGCCUAGCAUCUCUUUCAUCUCUUUAUCAAUUUGAAUGUAAUAUAUUCUCACAUUGUAAAUGUGUAAAUUUUGUUAGUGGCAGUAGUAUUUGAUUCUUCAAAUUUGAAAUGUCCUCAGUUUAUUCAGCAUUUAGACUGUUUUUGAGUGGAUCGGAACUAAGAAUAACAAUUUGAUAUUAAUGCUGAGGUCAUCUUGGUUGUAAAUUAUUGUUUACAUUUGGAGAGAAACCUACAAGUGUGCAUGCACAGUCAAUUGAUGCAAUGUGUGCUAUGAUAGAUUGCAUUCAGACUUUACUUUAGCUACAUAUUUAUUUUCGACUGCUUUUGGCUUUGCUCCAUUGUAUUAAUCACAGAAAUUGCACAAGGGUUUUGGUUUGUACGUUGUAGUUGCUCUUUUGAUUACAUGUGAGUACAUAGAGGCUAGAGUAGUGAAUAUGAUACAGGUUUGCCAAAUCAUGGAUUGCCUUGAAUGUGUUUUGAUUAGAUGUAAUGGAAACAUAGUCACGCCAAAGUUACAUGUAUGACAUUUUUAAAAUCAAAAUAUUGAGACCUUAAAACUGCCAAGGAGAUAUUAUGCUUUCCUUAGAGAGAUAAUGUAUUUAUGACAAUAUAUGAAUCUUUUUAAUUACUUGACAAUCAGUAGAUGCCUAUGAACACAUGGGUGAGGAGGAAUAUAUUAAUCUUGGAAGAAUAAGAAACACAAAUCCUUAUCUAUUCUACAUUUUCAAAGUUUUCAGAUUUUCCAUUGCCAACUUUACACUGCGUGGAUUACAUGCUUUCAUUUGGGUACUUGACUUUGAAGUUCGCACAACUUUUAUUUAGGCAGAAAUGAUGUAUUCAAUCUGUUUGCAGAGAUCCUUUAUAUUUAUCAUAGUAUUAAAGAAAUGUAUUCAUUAUUUAUUCUUUCUCUUCAUGUACAAUUUACAAAUUUAUAAAAGAGAGGUUGUGGUGGCUUUGGGUAAUGGAUCUACAUUUUCAUUUAGACGUAAUAAAAAUCGAAGGACUCCAUUCAACUUAUGACCAAGAAAAUAAAGUGAUUCAGGUAAAGAAAAAUCUGUAUUUUUUUAUGGUUCAGGGCUUAAAAAAUAUAUUUUUAUGUGCCAAAGUUGACUUUAAAUGUCCUACAAUUGCAGAGCUUAAAGUAAUCCAAUGCCAUGGUUAGAGAUGCCAUUUUAAUUGGCCUCAAUGAUCUCACAUUGGCUUUGGAGAUUUGUACUGCCCCUUUUUAUUUGAUUUGAGCUGUAACAUGGAAAUAUGCCCUAAACAAAGGUGGCCUUAAUUGCUUAAAAGACAUUUUAAAUCAGAAUAUGAAGGCCUGUAAUUAGAAGCAUAAUAUACCAAAACAUGCAAAGCAUGUGUCUUCCAUCUUUCAAAAUUGGAUUUCAUCUUAAGAAGUCGGUCAGAUUUCUGCGCUGCAAGAGUUAGGCCCGUAGGCCUAUUCAUUUCAAACUUUAAAAAUGAUACAGGCCAGUUUGUGUUCAUGUACUUUAGUUAAAUUUGGAUCUUUAAUUUGUAGAUAAUCAAAGUUUUAAGAAGGAAUUAUGUUCUAAGGGUCGUUCUUUAGUACAGUUUGUAGAGGAAGUAAUUUAUAAGAAUGGUUAGCAUAGGAGCUAACAAGGUUAUCAUGUGUUUGUAAAAUAUCCGGAUACCUUUACUGGUCAAGGUGUCACCCAUGUGACCCUAAUCAUGUUUCAAGAGAUUAUACAUCCCCUUUUUAUGGUAGACAUGCUAAUUGCCUAAUUCCCAAUACCCUGUGAUAAACAAAUUCAGAGCUUGUACAUCAUGUCAGUCGUGUCGUAAUUCAGAUGAAGUAACACAACAGACAUCAGUCUUCGGUCCAAACCUUGACGUUUAUAAAAUGUUGUAUCCUUCGUCAUGAAUUUACAUUGUAUUUUAAUUGAUGAGUUCACCGGGCCACCAAAUGUCUGUUACAUGUAUGUUUGUGCAAGAUGUUAUCUCCAUGAAUUUUCAUUGAAUGUGUUG